GACUGGUCACGGUGCUGUACACUCAUCAACCGACGCCUCAUUCGAGUUUAGUUUAGCCUAUGCACUGCGGUAUUCGUGAUCAACUGUUGAAAUUAUUUCUAAUAAUUAACUUUGAAUAGUUAAAUUGUGUACUUUAUGCAAUAAUCAUCGUGAAAACCUAAUUGUAAACAAAGUAAACAUAAACAAGAGCAGCAAAAUGGUGGCAAAGGAUUCAAAAAAGGACCAAACUCCAGAGUUAAUGAACCCAUAUGAGAAACCGCCUAGUAUGACAACAUCUCAGUCUAUAAAAACAUUUUUAUAUAAUAAAGAGACUGGGGCGGUUAUGGGAAGGACAGCCAGUAGUUGGGGAAAAAUUGGAUUAUUUUACUUGAUAUUUUAUGGAGUAUUGGCUGCACUUGUAGCUAUUUGUUUUUGGGGUUUCUGGCAAACUCUGGAUCCUAGGAUUCCAAAAUGGCAAUUAGAUCGUUCAUUGAUCGGGACAAAUCCUGGUCUAGGAUUCCGGCCUAUGCCUCCAUUAGAAAAUGUUGAAAGUACUCUUAUUUGGUUUAAAGGCACCAAAGAAGGAAGUUAUCAACUUUGGGUCGAUUCACUAAAGGAAUUUCUAAAUAAAUACAAGAAACCUAGUUCGACGCCUGGUUUGGGUGCUCAUGCAAAAACAUGUAGUUACAAUGACUUACCUAGUCCUGGUGAAGUAUGUACAAUGGAUGUACGAGCGUGGCAUCCUUGUACUGAAGAAAACUUUUUUGGCUAUCAUACAUCUAGUCCAUGUGUAUUCAUUAAACUUAAUAAGAUUUACGGCUGGACACCAGAAUAUUAUAAUGACACCAAAAAUUUGCCCGAUAAAAUGCCAAGAAAUCUAAAAUCUGUUAUUGGUAAUUUAAGUCGUGAAAAUUCACGGGAAUUGAAUACCGUAUGGAUCACUUGUCAAGGGGAAAAUCCAGCUGAUCAAGAAAAUAUUGGACCUAUCAAUUACAUUCCUCGUCAAGGAUUCCCAGGAUAUUAUUAUCCAUAUAUGCAUCAGGAAGGAUACCGCAGUCCAUUGGUUGCUGUUCACUUUCAACGACCAAGACCUGGUAUUUUAAUAAAUGUCGAGUGUAAAGCCUGGGCUCGAAAUAUAAAACAUAAUCGAAAUGAUCGUAUGGGAUCCGUUCAUUUCGAGCUUCUCAUUGAUUAAAUCAAGUGAUAAUGAUUAAAUUUUUAAAUGACAAAUUAUAAAUAAAUUAAUAGUAUUAAAUACUGUAAAAAAAUACAAUCACAUGUAUCUUAAUCUAAAUUUAGAUACAGAGAUGUUAU